CGCCUCCCGCUGCCGCUGCCGCCGCUGCCGCCGCCGUAGUCGCCGCCGCCGCCGCCGCCGCCGCCGCCGCCGCCGCCGCUUCCUGCGGCCUGGGCCUCCCGCCGCCAGCAUGCCGCAUGCCUUCAAGCCCGGGGACUUGGUGUUCGCCAAGAUGAAGGGCUACCCGCACUGGCCGGCCCGGAUCGAUGACAUCGCCGACGGUGCCGUGAAGCCCCCACCCAACAAGUACCCCAUCUUCUUCUUUGGUACACACGAAACAGCCUUCCUGGGCCCCAAGGACCUGUUCCCUUAUGACAAAUGUAAAGAUAAGUACGGGAAACCCAACAAGAGGAAAGGCUUCAAUGAAGGACUGUGGGAGAUCCAGAACAAUCCCCACGCCAGCUACAGCGCCCCUCUGCCGGUGAGUUCCUCUGACAGCGAGGCCCCUGAAGCCGACCCGGCGGGCGGGAGCGAGGACGACGAGGUCCGGGGGGUCAUGGCCGUCACAGCCGUGACCGCCACAGCGGCCAGCGACAGGAUGGAGAGCGACUCCGACUCGGACAAAAGCAGCGACAACAGUGGCCUGAAACGGAAGGCCGCAGCCCUGAAGAUGUCGGUCUCAAAACGAGCUCGAAAGGCCUCCAGCGACCUGGAUCAAGCCAGCGUGUCCCCAUCCGAGGAGGAGAACUCAGAAAGCUCUUCUGAGUCAGAGAAGACCAGUGACCAGGACUUCACCCCCGAGAAGAAAGCUGUGGUGCGGGCGCCUCGGCGGGGCCCCCCUGCGGGACGGAAGAAAAAGAAGGCGCCCUCGGCCUCCGACUCCGACUCCAAAGCGGAAUCCGACGGGGCCAAGGGCGAGCCUGUGGCCGUGGCCAGGUCCGCGCCGUCCUCUGCCUCCUCCUCUUCCUCCUCCUCCUCCGACUCGGACGUGUCCGUAAAGAAGCCUCCUCGGGGCCGGAAGCCAGCUGAGAAGCCGCCCCCGAAGCCCCGCGGCCGGAAGCCGAAGCCAGAGCGGCCCCCGAGCAGCUCGAGCAGCGACAGCGACAGCGACGAGGUGGACCGCAUCAGCGAGUGGAAGCGCCGGGACGAGGAGCGAAGGCGGGAGCUGGAGGCCAGGCGGCGCCGGGAGCAGGAGGAGGAGCUGCGGCGGCUCCGCGAGCAGGAGAAGGAGGAGAAGGAGCGGCGGCGGGAGCGCGAGCGCGGGGAGGCCCCCGGCGGGGGCAGCGGGGGCAGCGGGGGCAGCAGCGGGGACGAGCCGGGCGACGAGGACGAGCCCGUGAGGAAGCGCGGCCGCAAGGGCCGGGGGCGGGGGCCGCAGUCCUCGUCCGACUCGGGGCCCGAGGCCGAGCCGCAGCGAGAGGCGAAGAAGGCGGCCAGACAGUCACAAAGCACAGAGCCCUCGAGGAGACCCAGCCAGAAGGAGAAGAGAGGGCGCCCCGAGGAGAGGCCCCGAGCCAGGCCCCCCAAGGUGGAGCGGACCCGGAAGCGGUCAGAAGGGUUCCCGCCCGACCGGAAGGUGGAGAAGAAGAAAGAACCUUCCGUGGAGGAAAAGUUGCAGAAGCUGCACAGCGAGAUCAAGUUCGCCCUGAAAGUCGACAAUCCGGAUGUGAAGAGGUGUCUGAAUGCGCUGGAGGAGCUGGGGACCCUGCAGGUGACCUCACAGAUCCUCCAGAAGAACACAGAUGUGGUGGCCACGCUGAAGAAGAUCCGCCGUUAUAAGGCCAACAAGGAGGUGAUGGAGAAGGCCGCAGAGGUCUACACCCGGCUCAAGUCUCGGGUCCUGGGACCAAAGAUCGAGGCCAUCCAGAAGGCGACCAGAACUGGGACGGAGAAGGAGAGGGCCGAGGUGGAGAAGGCAGAGGAGGCGCUGGCUGGAGAGGAGGCCCCCACGGAGAGGGCGGAGGACGAGCUGAGCGCUGAUCUCUCAGCCCCGGUGAACGGCGAGGCCACGUCCCAGAAAGGGGAGAGCGCGGGGGACAAGGAGCAGGAGGAAGGACAGAAUUCCGAGGAGGGGCUGGGGUGCGGCUCCUCUGAAGAGCCCUUGCACAACAACAGCGCGCAGGAGGCCCCCGAGCUGGACGCGCCCGGGAAGGAGCGGCAGGAGCGCUCGAGGGUGCGGAUAGCCUCAGAGUCCCUGGACGAGGAGGACAGCUGAGCCCCGGCGGCCAGGCCCACCCGUCGCACGGAGAUGCCCCAGGCCUGCCCCGGCCCCCGCCCACCACCCACGGAGCAGAGACCUGCUGGGGAAGCCCUGUGCUGUCCCUUUGUAUCUGUUCCCUGGGUUGUUUUUCUGCCUAACUUCUGUGAUUUCCAACCAACAUGAAAUGACUAUAAAGGGUUUUUUUAAUGAAAGUCA